CUCCGCCAGCAACCGCAUCAUCGGCGCCAAGGACCACGCGUCCAUCCAGAUGAACGUGGCCGAGGUUGACAAGGUGACGGGCAGAUUCAACGGCCAGUUCAAAACCUAUGCUAUCUGUGGGGCCAUUCGCAGGAUGGGGGAGUCUGAUGACUCCAUCCUCCGACUGGCGAAGGCUGAUGGCAUCGUUUCAAAGAACUUCUGACUGGAGGAGACCACGGAUGUGGGAUAUUUGUCAUAAAUAAAUAGUAAAACCCA